AUGUUAGAGAAACUUCAAAAGAAAUGUCAUACAACAGAGAAGAGUCAUUAUAUAGAGAAAGCUCAUAUAGAAACGAAAAGUUUAUUAAAAGAGAUAGAAGUUGAACUUUACGUGUUCCUAUUUCAUUGA